AGUAUUCUCUUUCUUUGGUCUUCCUACACAAAAUGAAUUGCCGGCUUUUUGUCAUUUUCGUCUCAAUUCUCGUUACGGUUUUUGCACAGAACCAAUAUUGGGAAGAGGAAGCUGGAGCGGCUGUCCCUUACCAAGUCGAGGAUCAACGAUUCUUCGUUCCAAUUCUGUCUGAUAAGAGAUCAAUAGAUCAGAAGAUUCGUAGUUUGAAGGAGAGGACUGCAAAUGGACAAUUCAAGGGAAUCUUAUUCGGAAGAAAGAAGUAGACGCAGAAAUCACGAGUCAACGUACGCCAGAAGUUUUCAAAAUUCCAUUUAACAUCAUAUAUUCUCCAUUUUGUGAUUCAUUCCGUUUUGUCCAUUUCCCUCCAAUAAAGUGAAUACUUGUUG